UAGAUUUUCUACAAGUCUAGAUAGUAUUGCCAAUUCGUUUUUAAUUUGGAGUAGGCUAGGUUGUUCAGAGUUCUCUAUUGUGUAAAAAAACUUAAAAAAUAGGUCGAACGCCGAAAGAAAAGGAAGUGGGAUAAUAACAAAAAAUUACGCUUUAACAGCAACGAUAGAAAACAUGGAAUUCAAAGUCACUUUAUUUGCCUUGUGUUUAUUAGGAAUCUUUGCUUUGUGUCAAGCAGAUUGCAUUUGGUACGGACAGUGUGGCGACAAUCCAAAAGUUCCCGGGGAUAAAAAGAUUAACUGCCCCUAUUCAGGCCCACCAAAACCAUUUGCCACACAAGAGGGGAGAGACCUCUUUGCUACCAACUGUCCUGGGCUUUAUACAGGGCCUGGUGUGGAGACUUGUUGUUCUGAUGCCCAAAUAAAAACUUUGAGUGACCAAGUGGCAUUUCCUCGUCAGGCUUUACAGCGAUGUCCAAGCUGUUUCUACAACUUCAUGAACCUGUGGUGCUAUCUCACCUGUGGGCCAAAGCAGGCUGAGUUUAUGUCUGUGAAUACCACAGUAGACCAAAGCAUAAAUGGGACGACAGAAAAAGCCAUACUGUCUGUUGAAUAUGUUGUAUCUACUAGCUCUGCACAAGGAAUGUUCAACUCCUGCUUGAACGUACAGAUGCCAAGCUCAAAUCAACCAGCACUAUCUCUCCUUUGUGGUGAAGAUGCUGACACAUGCACCCCCAAGAAGUGGUUAGACUACAUGGGGACCACAGAAAAUGGACAAGCCCCUUUUGAUAUUCAUUUCCACAUCAGUGAUAAAAAUUUAACAUUCAAUGGAACAGUUCUGAUGCCCUUGAAUAUGGACCCCUUCCCUUGCGACAAAGCCCCAUCAAACACAACAGAGCCUUGCAGCUGUCAGGACUGUCAGGCAUCCUGUGCCCCCACCCCAAAGCCCAAGCCCCCAGAGCCCCCCUGUGAGAUCCUCCACAUAGACUGCUUCUACUUCUCCUUUGGCGUCGUGUUCAUCGUCUUUGUCCUGGUGUUUGGCUGCUACUCCAUCUGCUACAACAUCAUGGUCCAGGAUUCCCUGCGGCUGGAAGAGCCAGGUGAACAGACAAGCUCCGGCUGUUGCGUCAAGGGCACAGCCUGGGCUGUGACAAGAAACACACGUAAACAACAGUACCUUGAGAACAUAAGCAAAGACCAGCUGGGCUGUUGUGAGAGCAUUGGCGCCAAGAUGGACGCUUUCCUGGAGAGGAGUUUUUACAAGUGGGGUUUGAUGUGCGCAAACCACCCCUAUCUUGUCAGCGUUAUUGUGUUGGCCAUCUUUGGAGGUCUGUGUGCAGGCGCGGCCUUCUUUACAGUAACAACAGACCCUGUCAAGUUGUGGUCCGGCCCAGACAGUCGAGCCAGGACAGAGAAAAAUUUCUUUGAUUCCCACUUUGUCCCAUUUUUCAGAACUGAACAACUAAUCAUAAGCAGACCCAAUAACCACACUGUAUUUAGCUACAAGAACCAGAACUAUACAAAUAUUUUUGAUUUGACUUUCUUGCAUGAGGUACUGGAGCUCCAGCUGGCUAUAGAAAGUUUAGAAGCCGAGUACGAGAACAGGACCCUGACCCUGAGUGACAUAUGCUUUGCCCCCAUGAGCCCAGACAACAACAACUGCACCAUCCAGUCCAUACUCAACUACUACCAGAACGACCCAGGCAUGCUAGACAAGGUCGCCUAUGAUGAUUACGGCUGGUUUGUCGUGGCCACCUACCUGGAUCACUUUGAAUACUGUGUCCAGUCCCCCUAUUCUUUGAAUGACACCACCAGGCUUCACACCCCAUGUCUGGCUACUUAUGGAGGUCCAGUUUUCCCAUGGGUAGCUCUUGGAGGUUUUGAAGGCAAAACCUAUAGAACAGCCACUGCCCUGGUCAUCACAUUCCUGGUCAACAACCACCAGGACCAGAGUAAGAAUGGCCCAGCCAAGGCCUGGGAGAGUAAGUUUAUUGAGUUCAUGAAGAACUACACGGCCGCUCACGAUGAUGUGGAGAUAGCUUUCUCUUCAGAGCGAUCGAUUGAGGACGAGAUUGACCGUGAAAGUGAGAGUGAUAUCUUGACCAUCCUGUUGAGCUACCUCAUCAUGUUUGGGUACAUCACCAUCACCUUAGGGCAGUACACCUCGUUUCGGAGGAUACUGGUGGAUGCUAAGGUUACCCUAGGGCUCGCAGGUGUCAUCAUUGUCCUGUUGUCUGUGGGAUCUUCUCUGGGAUUCUACAGCUAUAUUGGUAUCCCAUCCACCUUGAUCAUUGUUGAGGUGGUGCCUUUCUUGGUGCUGGCUGUGGGUGUUGACAACAUCUUCAUCCUCGUACAGACCAGUCAGAGGGAGCCCAGUGUGGAUGGAGAAACAGUGGAAAACAGAAUAGCUCGUGUUGUGGGCAAAGUUGGGCCCAGUAUGUUGCUGACCAGUCUGUCUGAAUCUCUCGCCUUUUUCCUAGGUGCCAUGACAGACAUGCCAGCUGUCAAGAUCUUCUCGUUGUAUGCUGCCAUGGCCGUGAUGUUUGACUUCCUGCUGCAGAUCACCAUCUUUGUGUCUCUGCUGACAUUAGAUGCUAAAAGACAAGAGAGUAACAGAAUAGAUGUUCUGUGCUGCCAGAAGCUGCCACUGAAGAAACGUAAAGCCCACCAUGGGUUACUGUACACAGUUGUUGACAAAUACUACUCACACUUUUUGAUGAAGGAAUGGGUCAGGCCGAUUGUUAUGAUUGUUUUUGUGGGCUGGUUCUGUGCAAGUGCUGCUAUGACAUCAAAGGUUGGAAUAGGUCUGGACCAGUCUCUCUCCAUGCCAAAGGAUUCCUAUGUGCUGAAUUACUUCCACAAUUUGAGCAGAUACCUGUCUGUGGGGGCGCCGGUGUAUUUUGUGGUAGAGAGUGGGAUCGACUACUCCACGUACCAGGGUCAGAACGACGUGUGUGGUAUAAGUGGGUGUCCGCAGGACUCGCUCGUCCAACAGAUCAACCACGCAGCUUUGGAGCCUAGCUAUACCUAUGUAGCCCAGCCUGUCUCGUCAUGGCUUGAUGACUACUUCUCCUGGCUCUCCAGUCCAGCUUGCUGUAGAUUCAACAAUCUGACAGGGGCUUUCUGUCCAUCCACUGAGGUGAACGCAUCAUGUAUUCCUUGCCCCUUGGACCACACUGAGAAAGGUCGACCUGUUAAUGAGACCUUUGACAAGUAUAUUGCCUGGUUCCUGAAGGACAACCCAGGCAUCAAGUGUGGAAAAGGCGGUCAUGCGGCGUACGGUACAGGUGUUCAGUUGUACACAGGUGAACACAAUAGGACGCGGGUUGGAGCCUCCUACUUCAUGACUUACCACACCAUCCUGAAGACAUCAGAGGAUUACAUCAAUGCUCUGAAAGACGCCAGAGAAAUUUCUGACAACAUAACCAAAACUUUAAAUAAAGAUGGUGGACAUUAUAAAGUUUUUCCUUACAGUGUCUUCUAUGUGUUCUAUGAACAGUACCUCACCAUCAUCAUGGACGCCAUCUUGAAUGUUGUCUACUGUCUGACAGCCAUUUUGUUUAUAACUUUCAUCUUGUUGGGUUUUGACCUGUACUCUGCUGUGGUGGUGGUCAUCACGAUUAUCAUGAUAGUUGUUGAUAUCAUGGGCCUGAUGUAUCUGUGGAACAUAGACCUCAAUGCCCUCUCCCUUGUAAAUAUAAUCAUGGCUAUUGGUAUCUCAGUGGAGUUUUGUUCCCACAUUAUCCGAGCCUUCGCCAUCAGUGUGCUGACAACACGUAAAGAGAGAGCUAAGGAUGCUCUAUCACACAUGGGCAGCUCAGUACUAAGUGGUAUCACCCUGACCAAGCUGGGUGGCAUCAUCAUGCUGGGCUUCUCCAAGUCUCAGCUGUUCCAGGUGUUCUACUUCAGGAUGUACCUGGGCAUCGUGGUCUUUGGCGCUACGCACGGGCUCAUCUUUUUACCUGUCUUUCUCAGUUAUUUUGGCCCACCUGUAAACAAGGCCAAAUAUUACCUGAGCAAAGAGAACGAGAGGGACCCAACCAACCUGUCCAGCACCAGAUCUAGUCGCCAGUCUAACGGCACCUACACACCGUCCUACGACAGUCCACCAGACUACAGCACCAUAGGCAGAUCUUCCACCAUUGAAACAUAAGGACUUCACUGAUACAUUCAUGGUCAGUGCCACUCAAUGUCUGUUGGUCAAAUCAACACACUUGAGACAGACUUUCUUGGAUUAUUUUAUAAAGACAGUGCUGGUUGUGUGAUUAGAUGAACUCCUAUUAUUCACAUCAUGUCUUCAUGGUUAACUCGUAUGGAUAGGCUCUGCACUAAAGCCAGAGACACUUCAGAUGAUUCCAUUCAACGUCUCUUUAUAUCUCUAGCUACGUAAAGAUUAAAGACUGCAGCAUUUGAAAAAAUUUCCAUGUAUUUUUAUGAAGACGGUAAAUAAUUGACAUGCGAUUGUCUUCCAUAUUUCUGUAAUUUAUAAUAGUAUAAUGGCAUUAAGCUCUGAAAGAAUGGUGUAUUUUAAGAAUGAUAACCACAUGAUUUAUGUUGUUUAUAUGACUGAAUGUUUUUAACUGAACUCAUGGCUGUGUGAGUGAAAGAAGCAAUGUGAUUGUGGUGAUUGCUUGUGUACAUACACACAUAUUUCUGGUUUGGAUUUAUUUACUGUUAAUGUAAUGUGGUCUUUCAGAGCUUAAAAAUUAUUUUCUUGAUUAUUGUAGAAAAAACUGUUUACAUGCAUAGAUUUAUAUGUGUUUCAGAUUUUUAAAAUUUCAAAGGAUAAAAAAUAUUAAACCUUAGUGCUAAAAUGUGGUUUAAGUAUGGAAUAUUUUUUUUUUUGUAAAAAUGAAAAAUCAGGAAUUAUGACUGCUGCAGUCCAUCAUAUAUCAAAUAAUAUUGUCAACUGUUAAAGCCUUUUUUAACUUGUGAACUCGGAUAUUUCAAAAUGUUUACUUUGUGACAGGAGUACCUGUAGCACAAAGGCAGUUAUUCCCUUUUAAAAAUGUACCAUUCCUCUUCGUGAGAAUAAUUCCAAGCCUCUAAGCACCAGAUACUGGUGUUACCAUGACAACUACUGAAAAAGUUUUAAACAAAAUGAGAUUAAAUAAUUUAUCUGUCAUGUCCAAUGUCUACUGAAAUCAGCCCAUUGAUAAUUUUUGGCCAUGCUGCAUGUAAAAAUUUUGUUUUCCCCUCCGGUGAAAAUGGUCCUGGUUUAAUUUGCAACAAUCAAAAGUUGAUAUUAAGUUAUACUGGCUAUGAACUGAAUCAGCAAUGAAUCUACUUGAAGAUGAUAUCCAAGGGAUUAUGCACAUAUUGUAUAGCAAAAACAGGAUAUUUGAACCCACCCGCUACACCAUACAUUUCCUUACACCACUACGUGUUGUUAAAUUACAUUUAUAGAACAUUCACCCUUCCCCAAAACCACACCACCAUUUUUUGGUAUAUUUUUUUGUAUUGUAAUUUGCAUUGGAUAAUUUUUUUAAAAAUUCGUGUAAACUAAUACAUUGAAGCAUUCUAUAAAGCAGAAUCUAGGCAAAAUAAAAAGACAAAAGAAAGUCAACAGGUGUUAAUUAUUGCUUUAUAGUUAAACCUACCCCGACCCAUUAUAUUAUGUAUGUGCACAAUCCCUGUAGGUGACACAAUAACGUGUUUACAUUGAUAAUCUAUACAUUGGGUAUGUGCUGAUCCGUUUUGAGAUAAUAGAUAUAUUUAUUAUUAAAUAGUUUUGACUAGGUCAUCUUCAGUAUUUUAUGGUUAAUAUAACAGUACAGGAAGCUUUUUAACUUAAAUUGUUCUUUUUCUUUUAAAAAUUAAAUUUUCAUCUUGCUUUUUUACUAGUUUGAAAAAUUAUUUUAAAAUCUGUUUAUUGUAAUAUGUAAGAGAAAUGUAAUAUUAUUUUUGUAUGGUAGGAGGUCAUAGUUCUUGCAUUCCUUUUUUAGUUUAUUCCUUUAUCUUGCAUAUAAAGCUCAUCAGAAAUGCCAGUGCAAUGUAAUAGAUGUUAAAAUAUUUAAAUCUUGUUUCUUUCCUUAACAUUUUAUGUUUCUGUGAGUAAAUUGAUGUGCACAAAUGACAUCUGUGGAAUAAAUUGUCCAAAGAUUUUUUUAGCAUCUCAUUCUUUUACUCCCCUUGCCAUAGUUAAAGUGGGUUUGUAAAUAUAAAUCAUUUAAAGCUUAUGUACAAAAAAAUGUCUUGUUUUUGUGUACAUUUAUAGAAAGGGUAAUUUCAUUUAUUAUUGAUUUAGGUUAGCUUCAGUUUGAAAGCUUGUAUUUUAUUUCUUUGAAAAAAUUGGUAACAAACUAAUCAAACAUACCUUAGCAACACCCAUUGUUUUAAAAAAAAAUUCUGUUUUUUUUUUCUUCCAGAAAAAUUUCUUUACAUUUUUUUUUGUCUUGAACUAGAACCUUCUACAAAUCAAUACAAAAUAUUCUUAGUCUGCUGAUGGUUUACUAUGUUAUGGCCUUGGUGUAUUCAUACACCAAUUAUAACUUGAACAGCACAGGUGUUGUUAAUAAAUAAUAAUUUCCAAUGCUAUAAUUAAUUGAUGAUUUAUACUUGGAAGAAAGUUUACUGGGCAAAAUAACUGAACAAAUGUUUAUUUUGUAUUAAAGAAUCAAUUACACUAA